AUGAACCAUAAGCAUAGAAGACGCUCUGAAAGCAGAGAUAGUUCCAGAAGAUAUUCCAGCGACGACCGUAGUGUUUCUAGAAGUAGCACCCCUAGAAGACAUAGAAGGAGCAGUUCUAGAGGUAGAAGAAGCUACUCAAGAUCGAGCAGGUACUCUUCUAAGGAUUCCAGAGGCCGUUCGAGUAGUUAUAGUAAUGAUGGCCACUAUAAAGAUCGCAAAAACCGCUUUUCAUCACCCUUGGACAAAAAUACAAAUGAAAAGAAACAGAUUAAAGAUCCUUCAGCCUCUUCGCCAAAAUUACAGUCGAAGCCUAGGGCCCGUAACAUGGCCUGGACUCUUCCUAGGAUGAAAGAAGGUUCUAACAAUCAUGCCCGCAAUGUAGGUGGCCAAAGGAGAAAGGCGUUGAGAAACUUUAAGCCCAGAAAAACAUUUGACUCCUCUGCUAAUAAGAGUGUUUUAGUAGAUUACAAAUAUGAAUCGGACGAGUUUAAAAUACAGAAGGAAAACCAAGCCAAGGUUUUAAAGGAAAAGGAAGAGCUAAACAAGGAAAACCAUAGACUGCUCGCAGAAUAUACACAAGAACUGAAUCAAAUUGCACAAAUUAAUGACGAUUCGCAGACACUUGUCGGAAACUUAUCAAGACUAUCCAAGGAUUCCAAGGAGUAUCAGGAAUCCACUGAGAAAAUACAGGCCCUGAAGAAGGCAAUGAAGGACCUGAUACCGGAAGAGAAGCCUGCAACGAGGCACAAGCUUAAGACGUUCAGUAAACCCACGCUUGAACCGAACAUUAAGUUGGAUAACAGGGAGACUCGAGUUUUCUUCUCCAGCCUGCCCGAGUGCGCAAAAGGUAAGGGCAAUCUGGCCAAGUGGAUUUCUGAAAACUCUAAGGUGCUGGUGCCCAAGGAAAUCGCAAUGCUCGCUUCGCAAGGCGACUCGUACGAAGCAGCCGUCAUACAGUACAAAACACAUGAAACGGCACAGAAGGUGCUGAGUUCCUGCAAACUACACGGAAUCUCAGCCUGCUGGCUGCCCAGCACUGAGCCCGAGACCUCCAGGAGCGACGACCAAUUCUCCGCAGACAGCUUCAGGACCAAGGACACUACUUCAGAGACUACGGCGGACUCGACGACUGAGAUUCCUAACUUUUACGUGCUUCCGUCAUUCUUGUGCUGCCUACGACACAACACCCGAAUGAUGUUCAUUGUAUAA